GCUGUACUGGGAUGGACUGGGCCAUACUGGGCUGUGCUGGGAUGGACUGGGCUAUACUGGGCUGUGCUGGGCCAGACAGGGCUGGACUGGGCGGUGCUGGGGCUUUAUUGGCUUGUACUGGGCCUUACUGGGCUCUGUUGUCCUGUACUGGCAUGUACUGGGCCAUACUGGUCUGUGCUGGGCUAUAUUGGCAUGUACUGGGUCAUACUGGGCUGUGCUGUCAUGCAGUGGCCUGUACUGGGCCAUACUGGGCCAUACUGGGCCGUACUGGGCUGUACUGGGCCAUGCUGGAAUGUACUGGGGCCAUACUGAGCUGGGCUGUCCUGGGUCUGUAUUUGGUCUGUAUUGGUACAUACUGGUCUGUACUGGGUUGUGAUAUGUCUGUGGUAGUGUGUACUGAGCCACACUGGGCCAUGCUGGGCUGUGCUGGGCUGUACUGGGCUGUACUGGGCCACACUGGGCUGUUGGGCUGUACUGGGAUGUAGUGGACUAUACUGGGAUGUACUGGGCCUGUACUGGGAUAUGCUGAGUCUUACUGGGUUGUGCUGGACCAUACUGGUCUGGACUGGGUCUGGACUGGACUGUGCUGCCCCAUACUGGUCUGGACUGGUCCAUACUUGGCCAUGAACUCCUCUGCUCGUCCGUACUGGGCCAUACCGGGUUCUACGGGGCCACACUGGGACAUGCUGAGUGUUACUGGGUUGUGCUGGAUCAUACUGGGCUGUACUGGGUCAUAUUGGGCCGUACUGGGUCAUACUGGGCCAUCCUUGGCCAUACUGGGCUGUGAUGGCCUGUACUGGCUUUUACUGGGCUGUACUGGUUUGUACUGGUCCAUGCUGGGCUGUGCAGUCUGUACAGGCUCCCAUUGGGCUAUACUGGGUUGUACUGGGCCAUACUGGGCUGUACUGGCAGAUACUGGUCUGGACUGGGCCAUACUGGGGUGUGUGGAGCCAUACUGGGCUGUUCUGGGCUGUACUGGGCCAUGCUGGGCUGUGUGCUGCUCUACUGGUCUGUACUGGUGGAUAGAUAUGGGUCCGUACUGGUCUGUACUGGUCUGUAUUGGUCCGUACUGGCCCCUCCCCUGUCCCCACAGGCCCCGCGGCGACGCCCAGACGGGACCAACAUGGAGCCCUGAGAGGAGGCGCCGCCGUGGGAUGGCGAAGCUGCUGGUGCCGCUGGUGGUGCUGGGGGCGGUGGCAGGCGGGGCCCCCCCGGCCGCCCCCCGGUGCCCCCCGCGCUGCCUGUGCCCGGCGGCAGCACCGAGCCCGACGCUGCUCUGCGCCCGCACGGGGCUGCUGGCGGUGCCACCCAGCCUGGACCGCGGGGCCGUGGAGCUGCGCUUGGCCGACAACUUCAUCGGCGCCGUGGGCCGCGCCGACUUCGCCAACAUGAGCUCGCUGGUGCACCUGACGCUGUCGCGGAACGGGCUGCGCCGCCUGGCCCCCGGCGCCUUCGCCGACCUGCGCGCCCUGCGCGCGCUGCACCUCGACGGCAACCGGCUGCCGGCGCUCAGCGGGCCCCAGCUCCGCGGGCUGGCCAGCCUGCGCCACCUCAUCCUGGCCAACAACCAGCUGGCCGCCAUCGACGCCGCCGCCUUCGCCGCCUUCGCCGCCACCGUGGAGGACCUGGACCUGUCGCACAACAACCUGCCGGCGCUGCCCUGGGACGCCGUGGCUGCCAUGGCCAGCCUGGCCACGCUCACGCUGGACCACAACCUGCUGGAGCGGGUGCCGGCGGGCGCCGUGGCGCGGCUGCCGCGGUUGGCGCGGCUCGACCUCACGGCCAACCGGCUGCGGGCGCUGCCGCCCGUGCCGGGCCCGCCGGGCCCGGCGCUGGCGGCCGGGGGGAACCCCUUGCACUGCAACUGUGAGCUGCUGUGGCUGCGGCGCGUGGCGCAGCCGGGGCGCCUGGAGACCUGCGCCACGCCGGCGCCGCUGGCCGGGCGGCUGCUGGGCGCCGUGCCCGAGGAGGAGCUCACGUGCCGGGCCCCCGCCGUCACCGCCGCGGCCGCCCACCCGCCCGCCGUCACCGAGGGGCAGCCGCUGCGCCUGGGGUGCGCCGCCGUCGGGGACCCCCCACCCGCGCUGCACUGGCUGGGCCCCGACGGGCGCGUGGUGCACAACGGCUCCCGGCGCUCCGUGGGCGCCGACGGCUCCCUGGAGCUGCGCGUGGCCACCCUGCGCGACCACGGCGGCUUCACCUGCGUGGCCGCCAACGCCGCGGGAGAGGCGGCCGCGCGUGUCGACGUCGUGGUGGUGCCGCUGCCGGUGCCGCGCAGGGACCGGGACGGAGACGACCCCGAGCCCGGGCCCGGCCCCUCUGACAUGGCCAGGGCGGGGGGCAACGAGACCUUUGGGGGGGCGGGGCCCGGGGAGCGGCGGGUGGUGGCGGCCGAGGUGACCGGGUCCUCGGCGCGCAUCCGGUGGCUCCCCCAGCGCCACGUGCCCGGAGUCCGGAUGGUGCAGAUCCAGUACAACAGCUCCGCCGACGACGCCCUCGUCUACAGGCUGCUGCCCCCCUCCACCCGCACCUUCGUGCUGCGGGACUUGGCCCCGGGGCGCCUCUACGAGCUCUGCGUGUCCGCGCUGCACGUGGCCGGGGACCCCCCCGCCGCCCCCCGCCCCCUCGGCUGCGUCUCCUUCGCCACUGCCGCCGCCCCCCCGGGCUGCGCCGCCCCCCCCCGGCCCCACUUCUUGGGGGGCACCGUCAUCAUCGUCAUCGGCGCCGCCAUCGCCGCCUCCGUGCUCGUCUUCAUCCUCAUCCUCACGGCGCGCUGGAAGGCGGCGGGGGCGCGGCGACCCCCGCCCGCGCUCACCAGCGUCUGCUCCCAGACCAACGGCGGCCCCCGGCCCGCGGAGCCCCUCGAGCUGCCCCCGCUGCCCCCCCUGCCGCCCGGGCCCGGGGGGGGGUCCCGGGGGCUGUUCCCCAGCCACAGUUACCCCCGGCGGGCGCGCCCCCGACGCCACGGAUCCCUCCCGCGGCUGGACGCGCCCGAGGGGACCCCCCUGGGACCCCUGCGCCCCUCCUUCGGCAGCACCCACUGGAUGCUGGAGAGCACCGUGUGACGAGGGGGGGGCGGUGGGACCUCCGCCCCCCGCCGGGACCCCCCGCCCCUCCUUCGGCAGCACCCACCGGCUGGGGGGGCGGGGGGAAAAGGGGGCUCUGGGGGUGUUCCUGGGGACCCCCGGGUGGUCCCGGGUGACCAAGUGCGCCCCUGGGUGCUCGUAGGGACCCUGGGGGCGGUCCUGGGGACCCCUCAGGUGCUCCUGGGAGCCCCAACGCCCCCCCCCCCCCGGUGCCCGGAGCACCCCUGGGCGCACGAACGCAGCCCCGGUCCCCGGGGACCCCGUGUGCCAUCGAGCCCCCCCAGGUGUCCCCUGGACCCCCCCCGCCCUGGGGGCACCUGUAUGCAACCCUGACCCCCCCGUGGGCACCCGGGGGCGGGGACCCACACCUGGGGCUUGUGCGCGCCCCGACACGCAAGGGGGGGUGUCCGGAAACGUACCCCCCCCAAGCCCGGGGCAGGACACCCCCCCAGAGAGUCUGUGACACGCGUGUGCCCCCCCGCCCCACGCAGGACACGCACCUGGGACUUGUGUGUGCGCCCCAAAAUGUGUGUGCCCCCUCAAGACACGCGUGGGGGGGUCUCCCCCCCGGAACUCGCGUGUGCCCCCCCUCCCCGCCACGCGGUGCCCGGCGCGCCCCCCCCGC